CGGCGGGGGCGGCUCGGCGCGCGUGACUCUCUGCCCGGCUUGCGCCGCGGCAGGCGUUUUGGUCCGGUCCAGGGGCGGGAGCGCGGCGGCGGCGGCGGCGGUCCGAAGUCCGAGGCCUGCGGCCUAGGCCUCAGCGCGGCGGCGGGCUCGAGUGCGGCGCGGAACCGGCCUGAGGGCCGUACGCGGCGGCACCAUGAGCGUGGAGGCGUACGGGCCCAGCUCGCAGACGCUCACCUUCCUGGACACCGAGGAGGCCGAGCUGCUUGGCGCCGACACGCAGGGCUCGGAGUUCGAGUUCACCGACUUCACCAUCCCCAGCCAGACGCAGACGCCCCCCGGCGGCCCCGGCGGCGGCGGCGCAGGGGGCCCGGUCGGCGUGGGCGCGGGCGCCGCGGCCGGACAGCUCGACGCGCAGGUCGGCGGACCCGAGGGCAUCCUGCAGAAUGGGGCUGUGGAUGACAGUGUGGCCAAGACUAGCCAGUUGUUGGCUGAGUUGAACUUCGAAGAAGAUGAAGAAGAUACGUAUUACACGAAGGAUCUCCCCGUACAUGCCUGCAGUUACUGCGGAAUACAUGAUCCUGCUUGCGUGGUUUACUGUAAUACCAGCAAGAAGUGGUUCUGUAACGGACGUGGAAAUACUUCUGGCAGCCACAUUGUAAAUCACCUAGUGAGGGCAAAGUGCAAAGAGGUGACUCUGCACAAGGACGGGCCCCUGGGGGAGACGGUCCUGGAGUGUUACAACUGCGGCUGCCGCAAUGUCUUCCUCCUCGGCUUCAUCCCCGCCAAGGCCGACUCGGUGGUGGUGCUGCUGUGCAGGCAGCCCUGCGCCAGCCAGAGCAGCCUCAAGGACAUCAACUGGGACAGCUCGCAGUGGCAGCCGCUGAUCCAGGACCGCUGCUUCCUGUCCUGGCUGGUCAAGAUCCCUUCUGAGCAGGAGCAGCUGCGGGCUCGGCAGAUCACCGCCCAGCAGAUCAACAAGCUGGAGGAGCUGUGGAAGGAAAAUCCUUCUGCCACCUUGGAGGACCUGGAGAAGCCAGGGGUGGACGAGGAGCCGCAGCACGUCCUCCUGCGGUACGAGGAUGCCUACCAAUAUCAGAACAUUUUUGGCCCCCUGGUCAAGCUGGAGGCCGACUAUGACAAGAAACUAAAAGAGUCCCAGACUCAAGAUAACAUCACGGUCAGGUGGGACCUGGGCCUUAACAAGAAGAGAAUCGCCUACUUCACUUUGCCCAAGACUGACUCUGGUAAUGAGGAUUUAGUCAUAAUUUGGUUAAGAGACAUGCGGCUCAUGCAGGGGGAUGAGAUAUGCCUGCGGUACAAAGGGGACCUGGCGCCCCUGUGGAAGGGGAUCGGCCAUGUCAUCAAGGUCCCUGAUAAUUAUGGUGAUGAGAUCGCCAUUGAGCUUCGGAGCAGUGUGGGCGCACCUGUGGAGGUGACUCAUAACUUCCAGGUGGAUUUCGUGUGGAAGUCAACCUCAUUCGAUAGGAUGCAGAGUGCGUUGAAAACCUUUGCCGUGGACGAGACGUCCGUGUCAGGCUACAUCUACCACAAACUGCUUGGCCACGAGGUGGAGGACGUGAUCAUCAAGUGCCAGUUGCCGAAGCGCUUCACGGCACAGGGGCUACCUGACCUCAACCACUCGCAGGUUUACGCCGUGAAGACUGUGCUGCAGAGACCACUGAGCCUGAUCCAGGGACCACCGGGCACGGGGAAGACCGUGACCUCAGCCACCAUCGUCUAUCAUCUGGCCCGACAAGGCAACGGGCCUGUGCUUGUCUGUGCUCCGAGUAACAUAGCCGUGGAUCAGCUGACCGAGAAGAUCCACCAGACCGGACUGAAAGUCGUGCGGCUCUGCGCCAAGAGCCGCGAGGCCAUCGACUCCCCGGUGUCGUUCCUGGCCCUGCAUAACCAGAUCAGGAACAUGGAUAGCAUGCCGGAGCUGCAGAAGCUGCAGCAGCUGAAGGACGAGACUGGGGAGCUGUCGUCUGCGGAUGAGAAGCGCUACCGGGCCCUGAAGCGCACCGCUGAGAGGGAGCUGCUCAUGAACGCGGAUGUCAUCUGCUGCACGUGUGUGGGUGCAGGUGACCCAAGGCUCGCCAAGAUGCAGUUCCGUUCCAUUUUAAUCGACGAAAGCACCCAGGCCACUGAACCGGAGUGCAUGGUCCCUGUGGUUCUUGGAGCCAAGCAGCUGAUCCUUGUGGGCGACCACUGCCAGCUGGGCCCCGUCGUGAUGUGCAAGAAGGCGGCCAAGGCCGGGCUGUCCCAGUCGCUCUUUGAGCGCUUGGUGGUGCUGGGCAUCCGUCCCAUCCGCCUCCAGGUCCAGUAUCGGAUGCACCCUGCGCUCAGCGCCUUCCCAUCCAACAUCUUCUAUGAGGGCUCUCUUCAGAAUGGUGUCACUGCAGCGGACCGUGUGAAGAAGGGGUUUGACUUCCAGUGGCCCCAACCCGAUAAGCCGAUGUUCUUCUACGUGACCCAGGGCCAGGAGGAGAUCGCCAGCUCGGGUACCUCCUACCUGAACAGGACGGAAGCCGCAAACGUGGAGAAGAUCACCACGAAGUUGCUGAAGGCGGGUGCCAAACCAGACCAGAUCGGCAUCAUCACGCCCUACGAGGGCCAGCGCUCCUACCUGGUGCAGUACAUGCAGUUCAGCGGCUCCCUGCACACCAAGCUCUACCAGGAGGUGGAGAUUGCCAGCGUGGACGCAUUCCAGGGGCGUGAGAAGGACUUCAUCAUCCUCUCCUGCGUGCGGGCCAAUGAACACCAAGGCAUUGGGUUUUUAAACGACCCCAGACGGCUUAACGUGGCCCUGACCAGAGCACGAUACGGGGUCAUUAUUGUGGGCAACCCGAAGGCCCUGUCCAAGCAGCCGCUCUGGAACCACCUGCUGAACUACUACAAGGAGCAGAAGGUGCUGGUGGAGGGGCCCCUGAACAACCUGCGGGAGAGCCUCAUGCAGUUCAGCAAGCCCAGGAAGCUGGUCAACACCAUCAACCCGGGAGCCCGCUUCAUGACGACAGCCAUGUAUGACGCCCGGGAGGCCAUUAUUCCAGGAUCGGUCUACGAUCGGAGCAGCCAGGGCCGGCCCUCGAACAUGUACUUCCAGACCCACGACCAGAUCGGCAUGAUCAGUGCUGGCCCUAGCCAUGUGGCCGCCAUGAACAUUCCCAUCCCCUUCAACCUGGUCAUGCCGCCCAUGCCUCCACCGGGGUAUUUUGGACAAGCUAAUGGGCCAGCCGCAGGCCGGGGCACUCCAAAAGGCAAGACUGGUCGUGGGGGACGCCAGAAGAACCGCUUUGGGCUUCCUGGGCCCAGCCAGACGAAUCUCCCCAACAGCCAGGCCAGCCAGGAUGUGGCAUCCCAGCCCUUCUCGCAGGGCGCGCUGACCCAGGGCUACAUCUCCAUGAGCCAGCCCUCCCAGAUGAGCCAGCCUGGCCUCUCACAGCCCGAGCUGUCCCAGGACAGUUACCUUGGUGAUGAGUUUAAGUCACAGAUAGAUGUGGCAUUGUCGCAAGACUCCACAUACCAGGGGGAGCGGGCAUACCAGCACGGCGGAGUGACGGGGCUGUCCCAGUACUAGAAGGUGGCGGCGGAAGAGCUAAGCUCCGUGGCUUAGUCCAUCAGCAUCUUAUUCUGGGUAAUAAAAAAUAAAAAUAAAUGGAUACCUGUUUUCCACUGCUAAAACUGAAGCACCACUGUGAGCGACAGGAGAGGGAGAGAAGCACCGAGGAAGAGGAGCCCGAGGCGAAGUGGGCGCCUACUGCUGGCACGCGGCGGCGGCGAGGAGAAGGAGAGGGAGAGGGGCGGGGCCGGCCGCGGAGCCCACCUGAGCCCUGCCAGCCCCACUCGCCGAGGAGGCCCAGUGCUCGCCGCAUCCACACCUGGGUCUGCGACCGGGGCAGAGGAGGAGGACCCUCAUCUCAGAGUAGCCCUUUCCUCUGUUUUUUUUUUCUUUUUCUCUUUUAUUGAAAGGGGACUACGUUUUAGCAGGAAACAACUUUGCAUUUCUGUGCUGAGCAGGCUCCUUGCAGGUGGUGGCCGGGCCGGGAGGGCCCAAGGAGGUGCGGGUUCUGUCCACGCCAGCCAACUCCCAGACAGACCGCCGAGGCCACACUGCCUGUGUUCUAAGGAGGUUUUCAUUUAAAGAAAAUACGGUGUUUUGGGUUUUUCUGUUUGUUUGUUAAAGAUUCUUUCAAAGGAGUACUGAAAAACAUACUUUCCUGAGUUUGUCUCUCACAUCUUAGUGGUGGACCUGGGAAAUGCGAGAACCUUCCAGAAAUGAAGUUUAAAUGAGCCGACAAUUCGAGAUUAGGAUCAACACCUGUGACUUGAUCGAGAGGAUUUUUGUUUUCACUUUUAAAAAGCUUCCGGUGGCUUCUCCCUGUGCAUCAGGCAGUGAGGGAGCACCAUCCCGGGCCAGGCGGCUCCACGGUCCCCGCUGGACUCUGAGAAGCAAAGUGCUUCCCACACGUGGUGGACUCAGGCCCCCAGGAGGGGCCCCCCAGGAUGGCCAAGAGGCCGGAGUGUGGGAAGGUGGCUGCUCCCUGGCCAGGGCUUCUUCCCCAGGGUCUUUCCUGAGGAUUUGGCAGAAGACAGCAGCCAAGAGGACCCAUCCCCAGGGAGAUGCCUACGUCCCUGUGGCCGGUUAGACACACAGAGCACCCCCCCUUAUUUUUCACCCCACUCUCCAAGUUUGCAACUCCUCUGGGCACAGCUUCAAUGAGGGGGUGGUUUCUGCUUUUGGGGGGGAGGGAGUACGUUUCAGAAAUAAGUUGCUUCUGUGCCAAAGGGGCUUGGAGGAGUUGGCACGUCAGCUGGUCAAGGGGCCUGGGUCUGGGUUGCAGCUUGAGAAGUUCUGGCGGCUGAGAGCGCGCAACCUCCAGCUCCUUGCACACCAUGGUGGGGUAUGUCUCCCUGGUGGCCACCUGUUUGGGGGCCCUCCCCUGCCUACCCAAGCCCUGGUGACCCUGACGCCCUGGCUUUCCCAUCCCCGUGUGGCUGACGCUGGGCCUCAUCCCAGAGCCUCUAGAUUCCAGCUUGUUCACGGGUGAGUCGGGGGCACACAGGCCACCUUCAUCUGCUGUGGAGCUGCUGGGUCCGCCUUCCUUGGGUAGGCCGCAUAGAGGCAUAGAGCUUGGGUAGGUUUCUGCUGUGAUCCUUUGUGCAACACCCCCUGGACAACACCCCGCCAGCCCUGUUGCCCUCUUGGAAUGCUUUGCCUCUGCUUUGUGCUGUUUGCUUUGUCCACCUUCACGGCAGCAGUUCCUCUGAGUUUUUCAAAUCGAGACACAUCUGUACCAAGUGCAAUGUAACUUUGAUUUUUGGUCAAUUUGUUUUAAGCUCUUUUGUCACCAAUAAAAUCUUAAUGAACA